AUGUAUGGAAGGAAAUCCCCUCAAACCACAUGUAAUACGUCAUAUCCACAAGGCUGUCAAGACCUGUUGCUACAAGGCCAUACAGAAUGUAAGGUGUACACAAUUUCUCCAAACAACGGAUCAAGAUUCGAGGUUUUCUGUGAUCAGGAGACAGAUGGUGGGGGAUGGACGGUUAUACAAAGGAGACAGGACGGAUCUGAGGAUUUCUUCAGAACCUGGAAUGAGUACAAGAAUGGGUUCGGGAAUAUAUCAAAUGAAUUUUGGUUAGGGAAUGACAAAAUCAACACAAUUACAAAUUCAGGAAAUUAUACUUUACGAAUCGAUUUGAAGGAUUUCUUAAGAAAUUCCAGAUAUGCAAGCUACAGCGUCUUCAAUGUCGGGAAUGAGGAGUCGGGAUAUGUUUUGGGCGUCUCGGGCGACUCCUUUUCGACUCGACAUUAUGGUGCAACAUUUGUCACAAAGGAUAGGGAUGAUGAUAAAACUUGUGCAAAUAGAAUCAAAAGGGGAUGGUGGUACAAAGUUUGUCAUGCGGCUAAUCUGAAUGGUCUGUUCUUAAAAGGAAAACACACAUCGUAUGCUAAUGGUGUUAACUGGUCUACUUGGCUAGGAUAUCACUAUUCCCUGAUGUUUGCUGACAUGAAAAUCAGGAAAUAA